AUGAACGGUCAGCUUGGCCUUGUUUUCAGUGCAACAAUCGUGACAAACAACUACAGGAUCCAACUUUUGACAGAACUUGAACAACACUUGGACUCGCUACUCCCCUCGCUCAUCUCUCGAGAGAAAUUCGCGUAUUCAUCAACACGACAGGCCGAUCUGCAGCCUCGCAUAGACGAUGCCAUUCUCCGCGUCGAGGGUAGCCUCUGCCGGGCUCUCGCUGUCAUUCGACGAGAGCGAAACCUCAUGUCUCCAGUAUCUUCUCUACCACCAGAAGUCCUUGCUAAUAUCUUUAGCUACGGGACCUUCGCGGACACUCUCCGCGCCUCUUGGGUUUCACGCACAUGGAGACUGGCAGCCAUCAAUGCUCCCUCACUAUGGAUCCAAUUCGAAUGGUAUCGAUACACAAACGCCGACUUUAGAGCCCUCCAACUAGCUCGCUGCAGGGCGCUGGCUCUAGAGCUCGACCUCGAUUGGAGCCAAAGCGAAAUCUUUGGGGUCCAUUCACGAAAUAAUGAGCCACUCUCAAACGUGCUCAGCAGGGCCUCGUCAAUUACUCACCUCACAGACCUAUACUCUCUCAAAAGGGCCAAUGCAUCGAGGUUGCAAUCGCUGCACGUACACCUUAGUCCUACCUAUGCCUUGGACCCACUUGACGUGCGACUGGAGACCCCGGUUCUCAGACAUCUAUCCAUUGAGAUGCUGGAUUGGUGUCUCUCCAAUAAGAUGCUGCUGAUGGACCAUCUCCAAACUCUACAUCUCCAACUCGAUUUCCGUAGAACAGGUAGUGGCCCAAUCCUUGGACAGAUUGCCGAGCUUGCUCAAUUGCAAGAGUUUUCUGUCCGGUUUGUGCCGCCGGGCUCCAAUGGAGACCGCGUGAACAUGAGUAACCAGGUUCUUAGCGACCAACCUGCUCUUAAAAGAGUAUACCUUUACGACACUUCAUUCUCCUUUCAACAGGCCUUUUUCUGCCGCUUUAGGCUGUCACAGUAUACCAACGUUGAGAUUUCGCCCUUUCAUCUUCCAUCGCACUGGCCAUCGAGCCAACUACGUGGCGAAGUGACAACAGAUACACUGUGGAUAGACCAGAAAUCAGGUGUAUCUCUCUAUGAUCAUGGGGCGUCUGUCACCAAAAUCACAAAGCCCAUCAUAAACGGUCCACUCCUUGGCCGCCAUCGUUACCGGGCCUACCCCUACAAGCUCUCCAAGUUGAGCACCUGCACGUUUCCUGAGUCCCUUCCUCUGGACAAGAUAACCUCCCUCAUUAUUAACAAUGGCCCCCCACCGACUUCGCACGAUCUGCGGAGCCUUGUACAGUUGAAACGCCUUUGCUUCACCUUCUACCAGUACCCUAUUCACCCAGUCGGAGAGCCGAAACUCGCAGAAACGCUCGAUGAGCAACUGGUCAAGAGUUGUCCUCACCUCAGCGAGCUUAUUAUGGUACGAGAUGGAAGCUAUUGUACAGACGAAGACGAGGCAGUGCAGACGGUCCUCUCGUUUUUAAAGGCAUGGCACUCUGAAUACCAGGCCGUGUUUGGCGUCUUACGUGUCAGCAAUGCCAUCUCCUCACAAAUGUGGUCGGCCCACCGUGAUAUUCUUUCAUCAAUGACCGGGCUCUUUGAGCUUGCAGAGGCCGAUUUCGAACGUCGCUCUCCCGAAUUUCCGGAACCAAGACAUUUUGUCGCCAAAUCACCCUCUGCUUACAAUGCUGCAGCCCAUGUCGACAGUCCCCCAUUAUUCCAGGUUGACUCACCUUUCAGUACCCUCGACUUUGACCCAACUUCCCUAUAUUUAUUUCCGUACAGUAGCUAUUAUCCUUCGACGUUUGAUACUUGGUAG